GGCCAAAGAGGGGUGGAGUUGACUGUUGAGUGUGAAGUAGCAGGCCUUUAGUCAGGCCCAAAAAAAAUAUCAAAGAAAGGGCGUCCACGGUCCAUCUUGAAGUUAUUGUAUUUAAUCAAAGAAGACAUUUUAUUUCGAACAACAAAUUACUCUUAUCAAUGGCUUCCUUCAGCUCUUUGAAAUCUGCCAUUUUCGACAGAGAAGAACGAAAACUACAUUAUCAAGAUCAUAUCAGAGGCCUUAACGCCUAUGAUAGACACAAGAAAUUCCUCAACGAUUAUGUCAGGUAUUAUGGGAAUGAAGGACCUGCAGAUCAGAAAUUACCUGUUAAAACUGAUCAAGAUGCUCUCAGAGAGGGAUAUCGGUUCAUUCGGUCGGAAGAAGAUGACAUGGACCCAUCAUGGGAGCAAAGGCUGGUUAAGCGUUAUUAUGAUAAGCUCUUUAAAGAAUAUUGCAUAGCUGAUAUGUCAAAAUACAAGAGUGGCAAGAUUGGCUUGAGAUGGAGAACUGAGAAGGAAGUCAUAUCUGGAAAAGGGCAGUUCAUUUGUGGUAACAAGCAUUGUGAUGAAAGAAAUGGAUUAGCAAGCUUUGAAGUAAACUUUUCUUACUUUGAGGCUGGAGAAAGUAAGCAAGCUCUUGUCAAACUUGUAGUAUGUGAGAGGUGUGCAGAAAAACUCCACUAUAGAAGAAAUAGAGAGAGGGAGCAACUGGAAAGCCAACAGAGGGAGGAUCAUAAGCGAAACAGGAACGCAGCUAAAAGUGAUGAGGUGGUGGAUGAUGAAGAUAAUAUCAUUGACAAGAGGGCAAAGUCAAAAUAUCUUAGGGAAGCACCUAAAAGUGAUGAAGAGGUAGAUGAGGAAGACAAUUUAAUUGACAAGAGGAAAACAAAAUUAGAGCAUCGGGAUAAAGGAAGCUCCAAGAGACGGAGGAGACAUAACAGUGGUGAUACUACUGACAACGAGAUUGAAAGAAGCAAAGAGGGAAAGGAAAAAGGGAAGAAGGCUUCAGCUUCAGGGGCUGAUCAGGCAGAAGAUGAAAAUUUUGACGAGUUUCUGGAGGGCAUGUUCCCUUGAUGUUGCUGAACCUUCUUUUGUUUUUAGACUAGAAGAAAUCUGUAAGCUGUGUACUAUCUGAAGUUUACACUACGUUUUGGACCUGUAAAAUGUAAAUAUUGUAUGAUUAAUUUUUGUUGAUUCAUUUCUGUUAGCAUUUAAGAUGAGAUGCAAUACACUGAAGACUCGUUUGGUAGUUGGUCAUAAAUGGUGUUAAUGAGAAUGAAUUAGUGUGU